AUGGAGACCACACGGGGAACUCACCCGUACGACAUCGUUCGCCCACCGAUACCGCCAUCGUUGUCCCUGGAAAGCAUCUGGGAAGACGCGGCGAAGGAAGGAGAAAGCCUCGGGCUGCGAGGGAGGGUGCCGAGGGCGCCGGGUGAGGCCAAAGCCAAACUUGCAAUGCUGAACAUGAUGGGCAUGAUUGAUGCUAUCAUCUCCGAGGACAGCAAUUGUCUGGUCUUUGGUGGUCUGUGUGUUAUUCACCUUCAAAACACCAAGGACGCUGGUGACCAGGUCACUAUCAUCACCACUGAUGCCGCCAGAUCGCACACUCAUGUUUUGCUGACUCGAGAGGGUAUGUUCCUUUUUGGGAUUCUUGGUAAAGGGGACUACUCGAAGGCAGCUCAGAAAUUGGCUCAGAGUGACCUUGCUGUCUUGCUCUUCAGGGCUGCCUUGGAGCUACCCAAGAGGAAGCUGGUAGACUUCCUGGCUGAUUGGCGAGAGGAUUUCAAGCUGCUCUUGGCUGAUGAUCAAAUGGGAUUGCUGGGACAAAGAUACCCCGCUUUAGUGAAGGCUGUUGGCAACACGUUUCCAUCUGCCGAUGUUGUCGCUCUAUAUGCACAGCCAGUGACUUUGUGGUCCUGUGGAAGGGCUCCAGACACCUCAAAUUGGACUUUGCGCCUGCCCGAUCUUUGUUGCAUUGGAGCACUGUCCGAAAAAUCAUUUUCCUUGGCAUCACAGGACAACAUAUUUUUGACGUUUUCAAGCAAUGUCUGGGAGGGAAUUCUCAUUCGUGACCUGCUUAAGAGAGCUGUCAACCCAGACCCUACACCCAGAUACACCAACAACGGGUUUUAUUCUGGUCACAUUCUCAAAAUCCGAGGCAUCAAGCUUGGUCUGGGUCUGACACGCUAUCAUCCUGAUGUCCCUGGCUUCCGUCUUUCAGUAUCGACACAUAUGCUUGCCCACGACACCAUCUCGGCACUACCCAACGAUUGCAACAAGCCCGAAUGCCCACCAGGCCUUCAGGUCAUGAAUGCCUGGGUGCCUCUCCAGAUCCUGGAGACAGCCUUGCUGGCCCUUGUCCAACAUUACUUCACUGCUCAUCCAACAGCAGUUAUUGUUCAACAUUGGACAUCGAUUUUACCAGAUGUAGCUGUCCCUGGUGAUGAUGACAACGACACAAGCUCGGUCUCAUCAACGCCACUAAGCUCAGGUUCAGAUACAGAGAUCCCUGUGGCAGGACCCUCAGACACCCACGGCUCCUCAUCUCACAAUGCCAUCGUUAUUAUGGACGACAAUGAAGAUGGGGACGUCAAGGAAUAUACGACGGUGAAGAACACUGAGAGCUCGUACAAUGGCCAGAUUGCCUGUGGAAGGGCAUUCCUGAAGGUCCUCAUUGAUGGACAAAGGGCAAAAGGCAAGGAGGUCUGCAAGGACAGGAUUGUCACCAAUGAGCUUGCAAAGGCAUUCAACGAUAGUGGGCCAAAUGAGUACUCGGCGACGGCACUUGAGCUGUUCCUUGUCCACAAGUGUUUUUUGCAGGAGCGAGGGCUCAGCACUGCGUCCAGCAUCCAUGGCGCUUUUGCAGCCUUUUGGGACGAGAUGGGUGAUGGACAAUACUCCGGUGCAUAUAGUCUCGACAAGGAGACUGGCAAACUCAAAGAGCUUGACUGCCUUAUGCAGUGGUCACUGAAGGAAUGCCCUGAUGACCUUCUCAACGAUGACUCACUGAUUCUCGAUAUUGAAACACUGAGGUUCUGUGUUGAGCAUGCACUGAUGCAAGCCUUCAUGAGUUCAGCAUUCAUGCUAUGGACACGAUGCUUUGAGCUCUUGAGUUUGCAACAGAAAGACCUUGCAGAGGGGUGCAAGGGGCCAUCACCACACUUCUUUCCGCACUUCAAGGUUCAUCUGACCCACCGUAAGGGGUGGCAACAGGAAAAAGGCUAUGAUGGUCCAAGAACAAGCAAUGUAUAUGAUAUCUAUAAGCAGGAUAUCACUGCCAUCGACAUGAACUUCCACCUUAUGCGGUGGAAGAAUCUGUUGGAGCGCUUGUAUGGUUCAAAGCUCGAAGAUGAGGACUGCCUCUUCCCAUAUAUCUCCCCUAACGGGGUAAUCCACAUCAGAAGACAAACAAGCUACGACAUGCUUCAGGCAUCGCUCACAAAAUUCUGCAAUGGGGCAGGCGUCUCAAAGAGGUACACAACCCACUCUUUCCAUCGAGGCGGCGCACAGUAUCAAUUCAUGUUUGCCCCAAUCGGCCAGUGGUGGACCUUGAACCGCAUCCACUGGUGGGGAGGAUGGGCUGUUGGAGAACAUGUCGAUACACUCAUCAAAUAUCUUGUCGAUUCACUGCAAAGCUAUGAGAAUGGACAUGGUGAUGCCCUGCAUCCCAUCCCGAUUGAAAAGGACAUUACUCUGCUAGGCGAUCAUGUCAGGCUCGCACCAGCUACGAACAGUGACAUCAGUCAAUUGCGAUCAUCAUUCCUCAGUGAAAUUCAAACCAAAAUUCAAACCUUAUCGACCACCAUCAACUCCCAGCUGAGCGCGAUAGCUGAGACAGCAUCAGCAACCCAUCUCCCAACCCACGAGGUGACAGUGCAGCGCAGCAUGUCUCGGGAACUCAGGUCUGCCGAGAUUGCCCCGUAUCCGCCGACUAAGUUUCGCAGCUCUGUCCAGCUCUUGGCCAGUCAGAGCCCUGGCCCUGAGGUGGAUGCCCCAGCUUUGCAUGAGUCCCUUCCUCUUUCGAAAGUCUCGAUACCAGACUUGGGCCAAGAGAGAGGCACAUGGCGGCAGGCUAUUUUUCAGUGGAUGGCAGCCGACGGCGAAACAGGCCUUGCGCUCAAAGAUUGGCCACUCGAGUGGUACAUGGGAAGCAUGAGGACUAUCAUGGGAAGUAAACACAACCUUCAACAGGUUGUUUACAAAGAAUACGCAAGGCUUGGUGCUAGUGAUGCCCGCUUUUUGGAGGUCUACCCAGAGGCCGAGAAGAGCUUGACAGACCUAGUCAACCUCAUCAGGAAGAGGAACAAAAAGAUACGGGCGAGCAAGAACAGCUCACCAGCGUUCCAAGCGUCAUCUGCUGAUCGAGCAUAG